GAAGGCAAAUGUUCCCCCAGCUGUUUCCUGUCUACAGUGUCUGUGUUUUGUAGAUAAAUGUGAGGAUUUUCUCUAAAUCCCUCUUCUGUUUGCUAAAUCUCACUGUCACUGCUAAAUUCAGAGCAGAUAGAGCCUGCGCAAUGGAAUAAAGUCCUCAAAAUUGAAAUGUGACAUUGCUCUCAACAUCUCCCAUCUCUCUGGAUUUCUUUUUGCUUCAUUAUUCCUGCUAACCAAUUCAUUUUCAGACUUUGUACUUCAGAAGCAAUGGGAAAAAUCAGCAGUCUUCCAACCCAAUUAUUUAAGUGCUGCUUUUGUGAUUUCUUGAAGGUGAAGAUGCACACCAUGUCCUCCUCGCAUCUCUUCUACCUGGCUCUGUGCCUGCUCACCUUCACCAGCUCUGCCACAGCUGGACCAGAGACGCUCUGUGGGGCUGAGCUGGUGGAUGCUCUCCAGUUCGUGUGUGGAGAAAGGGGCUUUUAUUUCAACAAGCCCACUGGGUAUGGCUCCAGCAGUCGGAGGGUGCCUCAGACAGGCAUCGUGAAUGAGUGCUGCUUCCGGAGCUGUGAUCUGAGGAGACUGGAGAUGUACUGUGCACCCCUCAAGCCUGUCAAGUCAGCCCGAUCUGCCCGUGCCCAGCGCCACACUGACAUGCCCAAGACCCAGAAGUAUCAGCCCCCAUCUACCAAUAAGAACACGAAGUCUCAGAGGAGAAGGAAAGGUGAGCCAAAGACACAUCCAGGAGGGGCACAGAAGGAGGGGACAGAAGCAAGUCUGCAAAUCAGAGGAAAGAAGGAAGAGCAGAGGAGGGAGAUUGGAAGUAGAAAUGCUGAAUGCAGAGGCAAAAAAGAAAAAUGGAGGACAGGAGGACUAGGCAGACAGAGGCAACGAUGAUGAAAGAGGAGCAGACAGCAAGAAAGAAAAGCAGAAAAUGCAGUAGAGGAAAUGAAGAAACGUAGGCCUGCUGGAGCUAGAUAAUGAUGUGAUGGAAACAGAAGUAACCUGUCAGAGAAUGUGGCUAAGAAACAUGGAGAAAAUGGAAAAGAAAAAUGUAAUGCCCUAGAAAGCCCAAAGAAAGACAGUGGUAAAUAUUAAAAAAAAGAAUAAAAAUUAUAAAAUAGGCAAAAAAGACACACUAUUCUUUGCCUCUAAAACACAAUUAAAGAAUUUAAA